AUGCCAGUUGAAGCAGAAGCACCAAGUCGCAAAGCGCACCCGCGCCCAUUUUUCUUCCCACUGUUCCCCAUCGCAGCCUUCUUUUUCCGCCUCGAGGCUUUUCGCUCUCCCUGCCACAUCGUUCCCAGUGACAAGAGCAAAUCCAACUGCCGUGUUCUGGGUUGCAUAUUUCUUGACAGUAAUUCGAGCCGGCCGGCUCUGCGGGAACUGCAGCGUUUGGUUCGAUUAGUUUGCCUUACCCAAGCAAGUUUUCACGCAUCCCGCGUCUCUGCGUUGGCAUUCCCUUUGCCGUCGGCUCGCACCCCAAGCUCUCGCCACGAUCUCCAGCCACACAUCAAAGCCUCGAGCGUCCCCUCAGCCUGGGGAGACCGCACUCUUGACGUUGCUCUUGACCGUGUAAGGGCGAUAGACGUGCAUUCACGAAACUGAGCGCUGUGCUCAGUUCAACCUAUCCUCUGUCGUCGGCCUUGGCCGUCUUGUCGCGUCUCCUGCCGCCUCAUGGCCUCGGAUCGGGGACCCACCGCGACAGAAGCUCCGCGUGCGGCCUCAACUUCGGCCGCGCCGCAUGCCGCUGUAGCAGCUACAUUCUCGCCCUUCACCGAUUUCUCACGGCAGAAGGCUCUCAAGCGCGCUCGCUCAGAGACACCGGAUACGUCCGAUUCGGCUUCGGCGGGCGACAUAUCGCCAUCCAAGAUCGCUCGCUUGGUCGGAUUCGCGCGGCAGUCGAAUCCGCCUUCGGAAAGCCCCCCCACCGAGGAGGAAAGAAACCGGCAGGAAGAAGAAGACCAACAACUUGCUGCCCAACUUGGAAACAACGACGAGACCAACCCGGAGAAGGAUCUCAACGAAUUGAUGUCAGGCGUCGCAACAGCCAUGAAUCGAGCGCAAAACUCGAAUUCCCAAACGGGGCAGUCUGCGAUGGAGACGGCCGCAGCGGCCGCCACGAGAGCCCUCAGUUCUGUCACCAUACCAACAGGUCAAGCUGCGGGUGGAGAGCUCGAAAACGAUAGUCCGCAGAGCAGUACAAGCGCAGCUAGCAUGGAGGACGGUGACGGGCAGGUUGUCGACAGCCCCACAGCCAUGGACGUCGACUCUCGCAGCGACCAGCGGCUUUAUGCAGCGCAGCCCGAGGCGCAGAUAGAGGACAAGACGACAACUUCGCUUUCGUACCCUGGGGUAUUGCCAUCUGAAAGCUCCAUGCCGGCAUCCGAUCCUCAAAGGGGAAUGAGCACGCCCGCACCGGGCUCACAAAACCCGGACCUUGCGCCCCGAUCACCGAGCAACAAAAAACACAAAUGCCCCUAUUGCGAGACAGAAUUCACUCGGCAUCAUAAUCUCAAAAGCCAUCUACUCACACACAGCCAGGAGAAACCGUACUCUUGCCAAUCUUGCCAGAUGCGCUUUCGCCGCCUCCAUGAUCUAAAGAGGCACGGCAAGCUGCACACGGGCGAAAAGCCGCAUGUGUGCCCAAAUUGCGACAGGAAGUUUGCUCGCGGGGACGCGCUGGCUAGGCAUAGCAAAGGAGCGGGCGGGUGCGCGGGGAGGAGAUCAACCAUGGGCCCCUUUGGUAUUGGGUCAGCGGACAAUUCUGCCAUGUCGGGGGAUCUGUACGAGGGUGCGGGGGCAGACAUGGCGGAGGAGGAGCGGCGUCGUUUAAGUAUGCCGAGCAUCAAGGCCCAGCACGUAGCUGGGCAAUCAGGAUCGGAAAGCUAUGGUGCCCACGCGCAAACGUAUCCCCCGGCUGGUCGACGGUCCGGCGUUGCUGGUGGUUUGUAUCCCCCGAAUGCCGACCGCGGGUCUUUGAGUACAAAUACGUCGCCCAGCGUACCCAACAGCCACACACCCCACACCAGCAUAUCUUCAGUGCCGCUGAGUGCGGGCAGUUCUUCCAUGUACUCGCAGACCGGUAUGACGGAAAGCCCCAAAGCGCUGAGCCCUGCCGGAGCCCAAGUGAACGCUGCGGGCCCACAGCGAUCAGCAGCUGAGCAACAUCGCGGCGCUUUGCCUACGCAUGGCAAUGCGGGGCCGACCCAGCACAUGGCCAACCGCGGACGCAACCGCGCCGGUGUUCCAGCUGCGCAAGGUACAGAGAGCGGUGCGUUUGGUGGUGCCGACCCGGGCUACUGGGCCUAUUUCCAGCACUUGGAGCAACAGGUCAAGAACCUUGCACACCAGGUGGAGACGGGGGCGCUAGCCAAUGCCCAGCUGGUGGAAAGACUCAACCUCCAAGACCAGCAUAUCGCUUCCUUGAGCGCCGACAUCGCGGCCUUACGACAACAACUAGCCGGGUCCCCAGCAGAGGGCUCUCCCGCGGAGGCUAGUGCCGAACCAGUUGCCGAGUCUACCGCACAGCAAUAAACAAUGGGUAUAUUGGUAGGUCACGGCGCAUGUCGGCAAGGCUCCUGCGAUCGGCGUUUUCUCUGUAAACACGAAGACGGCUUGUCGGGACUAGGAGCACCUGCUCCGCCUUCGCUACAUCCAGUUUCUCAUAUGUUCUUCGGGCGUUUGGUUAACCGGCUACGGGAAUUGUUUUCGGCGGUUUAUGGCCGGGGUUGGGUGUUACGGUGUAGAGACGGCGGUACUCCGUAUUGGGCUUUUUCCUUUUGCUUUUGUCAACAAAAACGCGAGGGCGAGCGUCAAGGUGAAUGAUUUGGUGUUUGUUGCUGGCAA